AUGACAACUCAUGGAAAUGACUCCACUAGGGUUUCAGACUUUCUCCUGAAUUGUUUUGUCAGGUCCCCCAGCUGGCAGCUCUGGCUGUCCCUGCCCCUCAGCCUCCUAUUCCUCCUGGCCAUGGGGGCUAACGUUAUUCUCCUAAUCACCAUCCGGCUGGAGGUCUCUCUACACCAGCCCAUGUACUACCUGCUCAGUAUUGUCUCCCUGCUGGACAUUGUUGUCUGCCUCACUGUCAUCCCCAAAGUCCUGGCCAUCUUCUGGUUUGACCUCAAGUCCAUCAGUUUCUAUGCCUGCUUCCUCCAGAUGUACAUCAUGAAUUGCUUCUUUGCCAUGGAGUCCUGCACAUUCAUGGUCAUGGCCUAUGACCGCUAUGUAGCCAUCUGCCACCCACUGAGGUACCCAUCCAUCAUCACUGACCAAUUUGUAGUCAAGGCUGUCUUUAUUUUGGCCAGGAAUGCACUUCUUACUGUGUCCAUUCCCAUCCUCUCUGCCCGGCUCCAUUACUGUGGGAGAAAUGUCAUUGAGAAUUGCAUCUGUGCCAAUAUGUCUGUCUCCAGGCUCUCCUGUGAUGAUGUCACCAUCAAUCGCCUCUACCAGUUUGCUGGAGGCUGGACACUGCUAGGAUCCGACCUCAUCCUCAUCUUCCUCUCCUACACCCUCAUACUGCGAGCGGUGCUGAGACUCAAGGCAGAGGGUGCUGUGGCCAAGGCCCUGAGCACAUGUGGCUCCCACUUCAUCCUUAUCCUCUUCUUCAGCACCAUCCUUCUGGUCUUCGUGCUCACUCAUGUGGUGAAGAAGAAGGUCUCACCCAAUGUGCCAGUCCUGCUCAACGUCCUCCACCAUGUCAUCCCUGCAGCCCUCAACCCAGUUUAUGGAGUGUGGACCCAGGAGAUCAAGCAAGGAAUCCAGAGAUUACUGAAGAAAGGGUGGUAA